UUUUCUCUUUGCCCCUUUUCUCACCUUUCUUUUCGUUUCUGAUAUAUGCUGUUUGGUCAUUUCCUUCUCACUCUACAGUCCAAGCACAACUAUGCUCUCUUUACUUUUUCUCUUUCCUCUUCAGACUGUAGCAUGCCUUGGAGGAACAUCUCUCUCUGCCCAAAAAGAUAUAAAAAAGCUUCUCAAAAGCCCCUAGCUUUUAUUUCUUUGUCUGCCAUUAAAAUGCCUUAAAUAUAAUGCUCUCUCCUUCUCCUUCUCCUUCUCGUCCCCACUUCUCUUUCUCUACGCUAUAUCUCUCCUAAACUCUUGCUUUUUCUGUCUUGCGCUGAUUUUCUCUCUUUAGUAUCUUUCUUUCCAUCGUUUACUUCUCUUCAAGGUUUGUAUGCAGAUGGGUUAAUUUUUCGUGCAUUUACGAACUCUUCGAAGGCUAUCUUUUGUGUCUCUUGCCUGUUUGAUUGUAGAGAAGACGAAGAAAAAUCUGCGAGAAACUGCAGGAAAGUUGUAAAACUAACAUUUUUCUUGCAUAAUCUGAAAUAUCCCAUUUGGGUUUUGUUAUUCACUUUAUUCUUCGGUCCGGCUACUCGUUAAAACCUACAAAAACCCAUAAAGACCACAAAAACCAAAAACCAGAGAAAAAGAGAGAAAAUGAUCAGUUUAACAGACCUCUACCAUGUUCUUACGGCUGUGGUUCCUCUUUAUGUGGCUAUGAUCUUAGCUUAUGGUUCUGUGAAAUGGUGGAAAAUCUUUAGCCCUGAUCAGUGUUCAGGGAUCAACAGAUUUGUUGCUAUAUUUGCAGUACCUUUGCUUUCCUUCCACUUUAUCUCCACCAACAAUCCAUAUGCUAUGAACUACAGGUUCAUAGCAGCUGACACACUUCAAAAAAUCAUAGUCUUGGUUGUUUUAGCCGUCUGGUCAAGAAUAAGCUCUAGAGGCUCCCUUGAAUGGUCAAUAACUCUCUUUUCUCUUUCCACGCUUCCAAACACUCUUGUUAUGGGCAUCCCUUUGUUAAAGGGCAUGUAUGGAGAUUUUUCGGGAAGUCUUAUGGUUCAAAUAGUUGUCCUCCAGUGCAUAAUAUGGUAUACUUUGAUGCUCUUUCUAUUUGAAUAUAGAGGAGCUAGAAUCCUGAUUGGUGAACAGUUUCCUGAUACUGCUGGUUCUAUAAUAUCUUUUAGAGUUGAUUCUGAUAUUAUUUCUUUAGACGGAAGAGAGCCAUUGCAAACUGAAGCAGAACUUGGUGAAGAUGGGAAGCUUCACGUUACAGUUAGGAAAUCAACUAGCUCAAGAUCAGAAAUUUUCUCUCGUAGAUCCCAUGGUCCAAAUUCUGGCCUUUCAUUAACUCCUAGACCAUCUAAUCUAACUAAUGCAGAGAUAUACUCUCUUCAAUCUUCAAGAAAUCCAACCCCAAGAGGCUCAAGUUUUAACCAUACUGAUUUUUAUUCAAUGGUUAAUGGCAAGAAUGCAAGUAACGUGAGCCCAAGGCAAUCCAACUUCGGAAACUUGCCGUUUGAUGAAGAAAAUGGAGGAAUUGGAUUGUUUGGUAACGUUUCAAGAGCAAAUGGUGGAAGUGCUUAUCCAGCUCCACCUAAUGCAGGGAUUUUCUCUCCUGGGGUUAAAAAGAAAGCAAAUGGGACUGAUAAUGGAAAGGACCUGCAUAUGUUUGUUUGGAGUUCUAGUGCUUCACCAGUAUCAGAAGGUGGGAUUCAUGUCUUCAGAGGAGGGGAUUAUGGCAAUGAUUUUGGUGGGGUAGCACAUCAGAAAGAUAACGACGAGUUUGGUAGAGAUGAGUUCAGUUUUGGAAACAGACCGGUGACAAAUGGGGUGGACCGUGAGGGUCCAGUGCUUUCCAAGCUUGGUUCAAGCUCCACAGCAGAGCUCCACCCCAAGACUGGUGUUGAUGGUGAACCCAAGCCUACUGCCAUGCCACCUGCUAGUGUUAUGACAAGACUCAUUCUUAUUAUGGUUUGGAGAAAACUUAUAAGGAAUCCCAAUACUUAUUCCAGUCUCAUUGGCCUUACUUGGUCUCUUGUUUCUUUCAAAUGGAAUAUAGUGAUGCCUGCUAUUAUUGCUCGUUCAAUAUCUAUCCUAUCCGAUGCAGGUCUUGGAAUGGCUAUGUUUAGUCUUGGAUUAUUCAUGGCAUUACAGCCAAGAAUCAUUGCUUGUGGAAACUCAAUCGCGUCCUUUGCAAUGGCUGUUAGAUUCCUUACUGGUCCUGCAGUAAUGGCUGCUGCUUCAAUUGCGGUAGGCCUACGCGGAGUUCUGUUGCAUGUAGCAAUAGUGCAGGCAGCUCUUCCACAAGGAAUUGUUCCCUUUGUCUUUGCAAAGGAAUAUAAUGUUCAUCCAGAUAUAUUGAGCACUGGAGUUAUAUUUGGAAUGUUAAUAGCUCUUCCUAUAACACUGGUUUACUACAUCCUGCUCGGACUUUGAAGAUUAAGCAGCCAUAGAGCCGGUGCUGAUACGAGACGAUUUGAUUUAUAGUAGUAGUGUAUUUAACCCAUUGGAAAUGGGAUUUUUGGGCUUUGUCUAACACAACGACUUGAAUCUGAGGACUGGUUCUUAGAGACAUGGAGCAAAUAGGAAGAGGACUUUAGAAGAUGACUAGAGCUGAGCAGACAUUUCUAUGCAAAAAAGAAGUGGUGAUAAAAAGAGGGAACAAAGUGGAAAUGAAAAGAUUUAGUAAAUUGAGGGCUAUGAGUUUUUUGUUAUCUGUUUGCCUAUUUUGUUUAUUUUACUCUGAGCCUUGUGCCUUUUGCUUUUGUUCUUUUGAUGAAGAAAGUGAAGCUUGUUAGAAGUUCAUCUCUAUUAUUAAUUUUUUUUUUCCUUUUUAAAAAAAUUUAGUUUCUCAAAAUGUUAGGUGUUUUCUAUUUGGAGAAAACCCUAUGGGAAAAAAGGAAAUACUCAAAAAGUGUGUUUCUAUUUGAAAAAAGAAUAGAUAUUUCUCUCUUGAACGAA